AUGAACUUCACAGGGUCGCCAGAAUACGACAUCAACACGACCGAAGGCGACAUUGGUGUCACAAAAUCGACCACCCAUCUUCUAGCAACGGCCCAGAAACACCUAGACAACAAUGAGCUCAAACAGUUCCAAAUAUGCAUCGAACCAUUCCAGGAGCUGCCACAGCUGGUGGACACGAAACUGCAGGAUUUCGUGACCCAAUUGGCGGAGAAUUACACAGAACCAAACCCGGAUAUCGCCAGAGCUCUGUAUACACUUGUGACCGUGAGAGGGGGCAAGAUCAUUGCAAGACUGAUGCCAAAUCACGUGUCUAGACUGAUCCCGAUCAUGAAUCUGAUUACCCAGCAAAAAGUCUCGUGGGAAGAGGAAUUCAUUGUGCUGCUGUGGCUGUCCACUGUGUCACGAGCCCCCUUCCCUUUGCAUACAAUCUCUCAGACCCUUCCCCAAGACCUGUAUGAUCUGGCAUGGCGAAGCCUCAACACGGCCGGAAAAUCACGUGACGCAGCGGCCAGGCUCCUCGGAGUGCUUCUGACACGCGAUGAUAUGGCCAAAUAUCUUACUCGGUUCUAUUUGGAGUCUUGCAUGUGUUUUUCUGAAGGAGAUCAACAGUUCCUACAGUUAGGUAUUCUUCAGACUCUGCCUCAUCUCAUCAAGUUUAAGACAGCAGGGGAACUCAAAUGGUACGCGUUGGACCACCAGAAACUGCUAUAUAUUGUUGAAGAAUGGGCCAAUAACUCUUCAACAGUUGACGCAAAUACCCAUCGUCUUCUUGUGAAGAAUAUCUCGCGUCUAGCCCAAUUACAAAUGUCUCUAGCAACGACAGAAGUGCCAAUUGAGGUUGAACAGAGUGUGGGUUUUUUUUUAAGCCAGCUAUCGCAUCCAAACACUCUAGUGAGAUACACAACUUCGAAAGCCAUUGCUAGAAUCUGUCAGAAGUUGCCUGAGGAUCUGGUAGCCGAAGUAACCGACGCAGUUUUUGCAGAAAUUGAAGAGGAAAAUAUCUCCACAGCUGAUGCAGACAAGUGGCAUGGGGUGUUGUUGACUCUAGCCGAGGUCAUCAGACGAAACUUGUUGCCCAAUAACGUCAUCUCAAGACUCUACGCUAUCUUGGAAAUUUCCAUUCCAUUUGAACAGCGACACUUGACCUACUCCGUGGGAAGUCACGUUAGAGACGCCAGUUGUUACGUUUGCUGGUCUUUGUUUCGAACAGUUCGAGGUCUCACGAAGGAUGUUCAACCAGUGAUCUCUCUAUUAGUCAAGGUUGCCUGCUUUGAUCGUCAGAUUAAUAAUCGAAGAGCAGCUUCAGCAGCAGUCCAGGAGUUCGUGGGAAGACAGGGACCAGUUAUUAUGGAAACAGCUCGAGGAAUUGAUCUGUUGACGAAGCUGGACUACUUCCGGCUCGGUUCUCGUGAGAACUCGUACCUUGCCGUCUCACAUGAUAUGCAAGAGCUGGGCUUCUCAGAUUUGUCAGACCACCUGGUCGGGCACUGUGUCACGUCAUGGGAUCCAGAUAUCCGACGUCUAGGCGCUGAGUCAUUGGGUGUUCUUAACCAAGAUCACGGGAGCAAGAAUCAUGUGAUUUCUUUACUCAAUCAGCUUGACAUUUCCGAAACUGAUGUGCGUCAUGGAGUCAUGCUGGCUCUGACUGAGCUGCGAAUUGUCACACCCCAGGCUCUGGAGCUUAGUCAACGGCUUUUGGCCUACGUACAACAUUCUCAUUUGAAGGUUGGACAGGAGACUUUCACUGCCCAGGCGUUUGUUGUUCUUCUGGGCGCUCUUUGGGCUGAUUCUGAAGAUUCCUCAGUGUGGGAUAAUGUCGAAAAGUUGACCUUGUGCAUGGAAAUGAACGAAUCCAAUCUAGUUCCGGCAGUUUCCACGUGUGUCAGUCAUCUGAAACUCGACUCUUACUCGGACAUCUUCUCUGUUUGGUCCCAGAGACUGUAUGAAACCGGAUACUCUAGUUUUGCAGCUGCAUUGGGCUCCAUGCCUUCUUCCGGAGGUGUUCGGGAGUGUCUUUCUUACGUGAUUCGAGCUUCUUCUCCGCCUCAUCUUGCCGAUUGUGCUACCAAGGCUGCUUGUAUUGAAGCUAUUAGUCGGUCUGGUGAGUUUGAUACAACUUUGGUGGGUUCGUGUCUUGAUAACUACACCGUUGACAAUCUCAGAGGAGAUGUAGGCAAGUGGGUUAGACAGGCGAGUCUACAAACCAUUAAAAAGUACUCUUCUCUUGACUGGAGCCAACAUGUGAACCAGAUUGUGCGUAUCUCAGUGGAGACUCUUGACGAUCUGAGAAAGCUAGCGUUUGACGUUCUAGUGGAGUUAAAGAUCAUCUCUGGACCUCGUCAGAAUGGCUCCAGGUAUUUUUCUCACAUGCUUUCACUAUGGGAUAGUUUCCCCGAGUCACGUGCAGCUCUUGUUGCAGGUCUGACUAGUCUCGCAGGAGCUGAAAGAGCCAAUACUAGUCUUCUGGGGCACUCGUUUGACGCCAUUGCCGCGUUCCUGGUUGGUUCUGAGACUCGAACGAGCGAGUUUGUAACUAUGGUGCUUGGAAAUGUCGAUAAGCAACACGUGAAGCAAUCCCUAGCUGGUCUACGUCUCCUUUAUAAAUUGUUUGAUCUCGGCAUUAUCACGGCCAACACGAUAGCCACUCCUGACACUGGUCGACCUCUGCUACGCGAAAUAUUUGUCAAGACAUACAACAUGCAUAUCAACACGGCUUCCCAUGACCGUCUACAAUGCUGUAUUCGAGUGUUUGGCUCUGUGGCUGUGUUCUCAGACUCUGAACUGCGGACACAGGUUAUCGAACGUCUGAUAGUGCUGCUUGGCCACCCUAGUUCUGGAGCACGGAUUGUGGCUGCUGAAGUUCUGUCUGAGGUCUUCUCCGCUAUAGGUCUGGAAGGCAGCCCUGUGGAUGACUUGGUGCUAGAUACUCCUUGGAGAGAUGUCGACAAGGUGGUUCUGAAGGCUAAGAUGCACGAGGUGAAGACCAUGCUCAAGUAG